AUGCCUCCUAAGGGACGCUCGACGAAGGCCACUGUGGAUGUCACACUGCCUGACGAUCUGUCGACGGAGCCUAUUGUCACGAAUGCACCUGCUGAUGGGGAAACUGGAGAGAAGGCUUCAUCAAACGCGGUUAGCACGCUCUCGGACAAGAUCGCUGUCACCACUCCGGCCAUGACAACUGCUGCAGAUGCUGUUCCUGGAAGCUCCGGUCUGACUGUGGAAGAGAAGAGUCAGACGAAUCAAGUUUCUGUCGCUUCUGUGGAAGAGUUCCUGGAGGAUGACUUGGAUGAGGAUUUGGAAAUUGACAUUGCUAAGGAGGAGGCUUUUCGCCUUCGUUUUACCGCGAACUUACUCAUUCCGAUGGUGUUGUCACAGGAGAUUAAAGCCAUCAUUGCUGCAGUUCGUCUUCUGAUGACGAAAGUUUGGAGUUCGUCACUUACUGAGAACGCUGGGGUCACGGCCAACAUUCAAGAGAUGACACCCGGUUACACGAUCAAGUUCAUUUCGCAGCACACGGAGAAUGCCUCUUACCUGAAGGAGAAGGCCACUAACCCUUUUGCUGUCGAAGUGCUGUUUCGUCAUGUUCCCGCUAACAUUGUCUCGGACGUGUUGAAGGAUCCGCUCGUUCGUUUCAAGAUGAAGCUGCGCAAGCAGACUGCCUUCAAGGAAGGUUUCGCCUUCCAUCGUAUGGCUCAUCCUCUUACCGGCGCUGAUACGGACGUGAUUAAGGGCUUGGUGGUUCAACACCCUGGGGACCGCAACCGCGAAGAGUGGAUUUGCACGCAAGUGUGCUGCGGAAAGGCGAAAGGGAAGACCCUCAUGGCUGUUGCGGAUCACAUUGUCUCUACAACCCACCUGCUGAACCCGGAGAAGCUGGGUACUGCCACAAAGGUCUCGCUGGACAAGGCAAACCUUGCCAACCUGAAGAAGGAGUACGGUGCCUGA